GUGUCACUGUUCUUCCAUGAGAGACACCUGAAUACACCACAGCCAGAUCCCUCUCUCCUCUCUGGACUGGACAGCUACUUUACACCACCUUUGAGCUCUGGGAUAGCAAACUAUGCACUAGCUAUGAUGGCAUGCAGUCCAUCCCUCGCUGUGCUCCUGUGCCUUAUGCAUGCUCUCUGCUGCGCUGCUGAGAUAGACAGCAGCUCCUUCCUGAUCUACAACCAGGAUCACAACAUGUGUGUGGUGGCGGUGAGUGCCAGUCAAGUCACGGUGGCUCCCUGUGACCACACGUCCCAGAACCAGCAGUUCCGCUGGGCCUCGCAGUCUCGUCUCCUCAGCAUCUCCCUGAAGCUCUGCCUGGGGGCUCAGGACCUGAAGGACUGGGUCAAGGUGCUGCUCUUCCCCUGUGAUGAGAAGAGUGAGCUCCAGCACUGGCAGUGUAAGAACGAGACCCUGUUCGGCCUCAAAGACAAGGCGCUGCACUUAAACUAUGGCAACCGCAACGAGAAGAAUAUGAUGAUCUACCAGGGAUCUGGGCCUUGGAGCCGGUGGAAGAUGUAUGGGACUCAGAAGGACCUCUGCUCCAAGGGCUACCAAGAGGUGUUCACACUAGGGGGGAAUGCCUUUGGAAGCCCCUGCCAGUUCCCUUUUCAGUUUGGGGUGAAGUGGUACGCUGAGUGCACUCUGCAGGGGCGCUCAGACGGACAGCUCUGGUGCGCCACAGAGACAGAUUACAAUAAAGACAAGAAGUGGGGCUUCUGUCCCUCAAAAUCGUCCUCAGGAUGGGACAGUGACCCAGUGACAGGUGUUCUGUACCAGAGGAACACCCAGUCUGUGUUGACCUGGCACCAGGCGAGGAAGAGCUGCCAGCAGCAAGAAGCCGACCUGCUCAGUAUAGUAGAGCUCCAUGAGCAGACCUACAUCUCAGGGUUGACCAAUAUCCUGGGCACAUCUCUGUGGAUUGGACUGAAUAGCCUAGACUUUGAGGCUGGAUGGCAGUGGAGCAAUGGCAACCCAUUCAGAUAUUUAAACUGGGCCCCAGGACAUCCAUCAACUGAACCUGGGCUCAGCUGUGCAACCCUGAAUGCUGGCAAGGCCUCGAAAUGGGAGACCAAUGAAUGUUCCAAGAAGCUAGGAUAUAUCUGUCGCAAAGGCAACUCAACAGCUCUGACCUCUGCCCGCAUAGGAAAAGAUCAGCCCACCUUCUGCCCCAGUCACUGGAUCCCCUAUGCAGGCCACUGCUACUACCUGCAACGUACCAAGAAGAUGUGGAGGGAUGCCCUGGCCGCCUGCCACAAAGAUGGAGGGGACCUGGCCAGCAUCCACAACAUAGAAGAACAGAGCUUCAUCAUCUCUCAGUCAGGAUACACGGCCACAGAUGAGCUGUGGAUCGGCCUGAACGACCAGAGGAAUGCGCUGCUGUUUGAGUGGACCGACCGAUCCCAUGUGACAUUCAGCCACUGGCAGGCAGGGGAGCCCUCCCACGGUGCCAACCUCCAGGAGGACUGUGUCCUGAUCAGAGGAAAGGAUGGGAAGUGGGCCGAUAAUUUGUGUGAGAAGACCUACGGGUACAUCUGUAAGAAAAAGGCCUCCACCAAACCGGUGGCAGGUGCCCCAGAGGAAGAUAGUCCAGGAUGUAAGCUGGGCUGGAUCCGGUAUGGUUCUUACUGCUACAACAUUGGAUCAGAAACCAAAACAUUUGAUGAGGCCAAGCAGACAUGCCAGAAGAGUGACUCAAACCUGGUGGAUGUGGCUGACAGGUAUGAAAAUGCCUUCCUGGUCAGUUUGGUGGGUUUGAGACCAGAGAAGUACUUCUGGACUGGACUUUCCAACAUGGCGGAUGGAGACACGUUCAAGUGGAUUACCAGUUCGGAGGUCAAGUUCACCCACUUCAAUGUGGGCAUGCCAGACAGAAAACAAGGCUGCGUCGCUAUGACAACUGGAAUGUUUGCGGGACUGUGGGAUGUGGUCAGCUGCAGCAACAAGGAGAAGUACAUCUGUAAGAAAAUGGCGGAGGGCGUGACAUCAACAAUGGCCCCUCCCACCACACCGACACUGAGCUGUCCUUCUGGAUGGUCACCUGCUGCUAAAAGGAAUGUCUGUUACAAGCUUUACAGAAAAGUGAUAGAAAACAAGAAGACAUGGUCAGAGGCGCAGGAAUUCUGCAAGGCCAUUGGUGGUGAUCUGAUGAGCAUUCACAGUGCCACAGACCUGAUCAGCUCUCCGUAUCAUUCCCCUGAUACUGCCUGGAUCGGCCUCAGCUCUCUGGAUCCCAACGCAGGUUUUGUCUGGACUGACGGAUCAGCAUUCAGCUAUGAUAAUUGGGGAUUUGGAGAACCAAACAACUACAAUGAUAAUGAAAAAUGCGCAGAGGUCCAGUUUUACUACGGACGCCACUGGAACGAUCGACACUGUGACAGCUACAAUGACUGGAUUUGCGAGAUCCGCAAAGGGGUUACCCCAAAGCCCCCUCCCACUCAAGUUGUGCCAGUGUACAACACUACAAAGGACGGCUGGAUUGAGUACAACGACACUCAGUAUUUCUUCAACACUGAGAACCUCCCCAUGGACGAGGCAAGAGCGUUCUGUAAAAAUAACUUUGGUGACCUGGUGGUCAUCACUGCAGAGAGCGAGAGGAAGUUUAUAUGGAAACAGAUAUCCAGAGGUUCCGAGUCACAAUACUACAUUGGCAUGACCGUUGGUUUGGAUAAGUCUUUUAGCUGGUUGGAUGGGUCUCCUGUUGUGUAUACCGCGUGGGAUCAAAACGAACCCAACUUCGCCAACAACGAUGAGAACUGUGUGACGAUAUACAAGAGUAUGGGGUACUGGAAUGACAUCAACUGUGGCAUAGAGCUGUCCUCCAUUUGUAAAAGAACCACCAGUUUCACUAACACAACCAUGGCCCCCACCACUGUACCCAAGGGAGGUUGUGCCCCAGAAUGGAUCGCUUUCCAGGGCAAGUGCUACAAAUUCAUUGGAGACAACGAUAAGAAGCCGUGGCAGGAGGCCAGGACCUACUGCAUCAACCAGGGAGGAAACCUGGCCUCUGUCCUCAGCGAGAAAGAGCAAGCAUUCCUUACCACCCAGAUGCUUGAGAAUCCCCAGGACAUUUGGAUAGGUCUGAACGACGUCAACUGGGAGAUGCGCUUCCUAUGGACGGAGGGGAAAGGUGUUUCCUAUACCAAUUGGGCAAAAGGGCAUCCAACGUCAGUGCCAGACGGACGCUAUUCAUUUUUGGACGAGGUGUUUGACUGUGUGGUUCUGGUGGGCAGCUCUCACAAACAGACAGGAAUGUGGAAGGUCGAGGACUGCUUAGUAUCCCGUGGUUUCAUCUGCAAAAGGAAUAUUGAUUCUCAGAUUGUGGUCCCCGCCACCACAGUGUCAACAAAGACGUUCUACAAGCUGGGAAAUGACUCCUUCAAACUAGUGGUCCAGAAGAUGAACUGGGACGAGGCCCGGAGGCAAUGUAAAGCAGACGAUGCAGAGAUGACUAGCAUCCUGAACCCCAUCACCCAGGCCUUCAUCACAAUGCAGAUCCACAAAUACAAUGAGCCCGUGUGGAUCGGCCUCAACAACAACUUGACUGAAGGGCGUUUUAAGUGGGUGGAUAACUGGCCUCUAUCUUACACCAAAUGGGGCGAAGACGAGCCAAAGAACAAUAUGGCCUGUGUUUACAUGGACACAGACUCCAAGUGGAAGACAGGCGACUGUAGUAACACCUAUUCCUCACUGUGCAAGAGAUCACCAGACAUAGCCCCCAGCCAGCCCCCUCAGCUCCCUGGCAACUGCCCCGAGCCCAAGAAACGCAAGACGUGGGUUCCCUUCAGGGGUUACUGCUACGCCUUCCUCAACUCUGUGGUGGACAACUGGGCUCACGCCACUGUGGAAUGUCUCCGAAUGGGAGCAUCCCUGGUGAGUAUCGAGGAUCCCUUGGAGGCCAGCUUCAUCCAGGAGAACCUUGAGCUACUGCAGGAUGGAUCCAAGUCCUUCUGGAUUGGCAUGCACAAGAGCCACGAAGGUGACUGGAUGUGGAUUGACAACAGUGUGGUGGACUACACCAACUGGAAACAGGGGAUGCCAAAGAGUGGAGAACACUGUGUGGAGAUCCAGUCUGAUAGCGGUCUGUGGAGCACCAACAGCUGCAACCGGUACAAGUCGUACAUCUGCAAAACAGCCAAAGUCAUCACACCAACAGAGAAGCAACCAGUUGCUGCUCCCCUAGUGGAGGAAGCUCCCCAUGGUUACGCCGGCAUCGCUGUGGCCGUUGUCUUGGUGAUAAUUACAGUGGUAGGACUCGGUGCCUUCCUACUCCGCAAACGGAUACCUACCCCCGUCCUGGGAGAGUGUACAUUCGACAACACCUUGUACUUCAACAACCCCAUCCGCCAAACAGCCACUGUGGACACCAAGGGCCUGGUGGCCAACAUCGAGCAGAACGAAACAGCUUAGAUAGGACACAAAGAACCACCAACAUGUGAAAACACUUUUGAGACAAGUUUUAAUAUGAAAAAUACCAAAAAAGCAUGCUGCUAGUGUUUAGGCCAACCAACUCUGACCAACUCUGACCCAAACUGAGAGACUGCAACUAAAUCUGAAACCAUUCACCUGUUAUCUUUGUUUGUUUUCUUGCUUGGUAAAUAAUGUGUGAAAAUGAUAUGCACUUUGUGCAUGUCAGCAUCAGUUGUCAAGGAUAAAGUCCAGAUGUACAGCUAAGAUUGCAUAUGCAACCCCUGCACAAAUUGUAGAAUCAACAACAGUCAUUUUGUUUGGUUUAAUUGAGUCUUGUACAGAUUGAUUUGGUGUGUGAAACUGAAGUUCAAAAUACAGCCACUGUACUUUACUUUGUUUUUGCCAAGUUAUAUUGUAAAUAUAUGCUCAAAACGAGAGAGAAAUACAGUUUUGAAACAAA